GACGUUGAAAAUGGCUUGACACAUGGUCAUGUAAGUAUGUAACUAUCUAUUACACGCCCUUAACAAUUUGCUUAAAAAAACCCUAAAUAUUUUUAUUUUGAACACCUCAUCACUCCAGCUUCUUUACACCGAAGAAAACACACACCAAAGUGCCAUUUCUUCAAUUUCACCUACUAUCUCAGAUUAUGACAUCCACUUCGUGUCGUCUACGAAAGCGCCGCGCAUUGGCCACCCGUUUACCUUCUCGCGUGAUUCGUACGACACAUCAUGAAUCCGCCACUUGUAUUCCACCUGACGUACUGACUCGAGUAACACAUCCAUGGCUCCAGUUUCCCGAUGGUAGUCCUGGGCGUCAACGCUUAAGCGCUCUACUCAAAAAACAGUUUAUGACAACUUGGACUGUAGACUGGGAUACUUUAGAGACGUUACAUCUACACCAUCGCGCUAGAGACGCGAUGGGCCCAGUUUGGUUGAGAUUUUUCUCCAUAAAACAUCCGCAGUACAGAGAGCUAUGCUUGGAGUUCCUAUCGACGUACGAGUUUCAAACUCCAUGCACGGAUUAUAGUUACUCUCGUUCCAUCACAUUCAGGAUGGCGGGUGUUGAGAGGUCUUGCUCGUUGAUCGAGUUCGCAAAACGAAUGGGUUUGUACACAGACGAGGAGAUGGAGACUGACGUGUUUUUAAAAGGAUUGACGAAACUUCCGGAUGAUGUGAGCCCAGAACAGGUUUGGGCUCAGAUUGGGGAGGGACUGUAUCAGGCGAACACGGUGAAGAGCACGCGAUUAAAAGAUCCGUUUCAUCGCAUCCUCCACCGCGUUAUUGCACAAUCGAUUGCGGGGAGGAAGGAGAGUACGGGCGUUGUCACUCAGAGAGAUUUGUUCUUUUUAUAUUGUUUCGUCAAGCCAGCCGUAUGCAACGUGGCGUACGUGCUAGCUAGCUACUUUACUUGUUGCAUGGGGAAGAUGCCCACUAGUCAUAUUUGUGGCGGAUCGUUUAUCACUCAACUUGCCGAAUCGUAUGGUGUUUUGACUUCUGAGGUUUGCGCUACCUUGACUUCUUUCCUCCCGACUCAGACUAUAGACAUGGUGGUAUUGACGAACAUGAAAGCGGUCGGACAGACUGAGGGUGGAGGCUACGUAUUACUUGAUGGUCACGGAAAGAUAUGGCAACCUGACCCGUCUCAACACCCAGUGAAGCAAGAGGACGCACCUGAGCAGCCGCAGGUGGAACCUCAGCAGCAUGAGGGACCUCAACAACAGCACGCUGACGACCCGCUAGCACAUGGUCUUGGUGUCACUUCUUUGGAUCUGGUGGCGAUGGUGACUGAGCUGCAACAGGGGCAGCAAAGAUUAGAGCAAGAGAAUAAAAGACGCCACCAGGAGACGAUGUCUGCCCUCAGAUGCAUCGCGAGAUAUUUUGCUAUCCCCGAUUUCCCAAAGCCACAAGAUUCGAGGGACGGUGGUUCAGAGCAGGGGCGGACCUAGGUAGACGGUUGGGUGGGCGGGCGUGCACACCCCUUAAAAAAUAUUAGUGUAUUUUAUAAGGUAAAAUCCCGAUCGCACCCCCAGAAAAUAUUUCGUGGGUCCGCCACUGGUUCAGAGCAUUAGGAUCCGGGCCCAAUCACGACACUUGUUUUGUAUUUGGGUGUAGUUUUUGAGUCACUUUUGUACAAACUGUAUUUUGGCUAUGCUCAUCAUGGUAUAACUUCAGACUCAAGAUUCCAAGAUAUGCAUAUCCCAAGUCAAGUACAUUUAAAUAACUUCAUAACCAUGAUUAUAUCUUA